AAAGAAGGCUGCCUGCAGCAGAGCAGAAAUGCAAGUAGUAGAACAUCCAACCUGGGGAGGGGUUAGCGCGAUCGGGUGUGCGUGCAGUGUGAGAGAACUCAUGUUUAUGUCUGUGAAGUGCCGUGUUUUUUCGCUGUAGCCCGCUGGGAUUUUGUUUUUUAGUCGGUAGUGUACGUCCCUACCUACUCAAGGAUAAAGUUAUCUACUCUUCACAACCUGCAGAUCGGCCCCCGGCGCGGUCCGCGGAGCCGCCAUGACCCCCCGGUGGGCGUCUUGGUGGGCGGUGCUGGUGCUGUCCCUGGCCGGGCUGGCGUGCGGCCUGCGACAGGGCCUGCGCAUCGCCGACGGCGACCUGGACUUUGCCUUCGAGCCGGACGUGGAGGCGGAGCACAAGACUGGCGGCGGCGACCCGCACCGCGCCGCGCACGCCCAGGGCCAGGGCAGGCGCGGCGCGCCCACGGCCAAGCUCACCCAGCGGCAGUGGGGCGUCCAGGACACGACCGCCACCGCCGGCAAGCUCUUCAGGUUCGCCAUCCCGGGCGACGCCUUCUCCGGCGACGUGGACCACUAUGAGGCGCAGAGUCCAAACGGUUCGCCCCUCCCGUCGUGGCUGCUGUUUGACCAGACAACGGGGCUCUUCGAGGGUGUGCCAACUCUCAAAGAUGUGGGCACCGUCUACGUGACCGUCCACGCCGUGUCUGCAUUCAACUCGGCCAAAGACAAAUUUUCAAUAGACGUCUUGCCGCCAGCUGAAGCAGCUCCUUCGGCAGGAGUAGUGCCAUUAGGUCUCACUACACACCACCAUCCUAAGGUGAAGUGUGGCCCUGGAGAAGAUCCGCUCAUCCUUAGUGUAGUAAUGGAUGGUAAAUAUGAUCACAUGAAACCGAGACAACGUUUAACCACUAUUGACAAUCUUUCUGGAUUCCUCUCCCUUUCUCAUGACCUAUUCCAAUUGCUGCCUCAAAAUUCUCGGGAGGACAUUUUAUCUGAAGAUUCUAUUGUAAUGGCUGGAGAGGGCAAUGUCCAGAAGCGGAAGUGGAAGCAAGGCAGUGUUAUUCAGUGGCAGGUUGGCUGUGAAAGUCAACUUUGGCCUCAGCAGACUAGAGUAGUCGAGGACUUAAAGCAACAGGCUAGAGAUGGCACAUUGGCUGAAGUAUUACUGUGGCCAGUUGUCGGUUGGCACAUAAAGGCUGACAACAGUUUAGCGAAUCGGGGACGUCGCGAAGCUGCCGGGCAGAAUGAGGCUGGAUCAGGCAACUUUGCAGAAGAUGGUGCUACUGAUGAUACUGAAGCAGGAGAGGGAGGAGUACCAGACUCUCACAUUGUUCCCACCAUGUCAUCCCCUGUCUAUCCGGGUGCUACUGCCACUCCCACUCCCUUUUCACACAACUUCAACUCGAUCACUGAAAACCCAUCUCAGCAUCAUCAUCGUCACCACCAUGGAGAUUUAGAACCUGGGGUAUUACCUGGAAUCCAGGAGGUUGACAACCCAGUAGAGGAAUUCAGGAGCAGUCGACCAGACUCUGGACCAUUGGCACCAUACUUAUCAUCAAGCUUUGGUGGUGGCGGGUAUUCCCUCCCUUCUAGCCCGGUGUUGUAUGGUAGCAUCAUGCCAACACCCACCUUGGAACCUGAGAGACCAACAAUUCACUUUGGUAUUGGGAGUCCUACUCCUGAAAUUACCAGGGUAUAUGAAGGUCUGGAGGUAACUCCAACACCUGUUUUUCCCACUGAUGUGGAACCUACUACAUAUCCAAGUCCUAGCAGCGCAGGUAGCCCCAGUUACAGUCCAAGUUCUGGCACUGGCAAUAUGGAUCAAUCUUCAACUCAUGUAACUGAACCAAUGAUAGAUGGCACUUCUGGAAGCAGCACAAGUAGUAGCCCAGCAAGUGGUACUGAUGUUUCAAUUGAGGGUGUGGAGACACGGGAGUCUACUGAAAAGCCUGUUACCAUUGUAGAUGUUUCUGACUUCUAUGACCCGACAAACAUCACAUCAACUAGUCACCCAUCAACUGUACCAUCUACUGCUGGAACCACACCUCCAACUACAACUCCUGCUCCUGUAACUACCACAACCACACCUCCUACUACUACUACAGAAAUUAUAGAAAUCGAUCAAAAGAAUUUCCCUCCAACUGUCAAUAUGAGGCUUCGUAAACAACCUGUGACAGCAGGAAAGAUUGUGAAGUAUGUGGUUCCUGAUGAGACUUUUAAGGACUUGGAGGAAGGAAGCACUAGAAAUCUCAGACUGACUCUGAAAACUAAAGAUGGUAAUGAUUUAGAUCAAACCUCUUGGAUCCAAUUUAAUUCCGCAAGGAGAGAAAUACUUUUAUUACCUCUAGAAGAACAUGUGUCAAGGUGGUUCUUCUCACUUGAGGCCACUGACAAAGAGGGUGCAUCAGUUUCUGAUAAACUUGAAGUUGUUGUCCAGCACCACCAGCAUCGUAGAGCUGUUAACCAUGAAAUAACGCUUGUUAUGGAGCCAACAGCUUUAAUUCGUCAAGAAAAAGUUCUUAAUUGGGAAGUUGUACUUGUCGAAACCUUAGCUCGCCUCUUUGGUGAUCCUGACACUUCACAGAUCACUGUCCGCCACUUGGAUGUUGCCCAGCUGUCUACAAAUGGCUCUGUUUCGUUAACUUACACAAAUGAUUCAUUACCACGAGCCACAUGCCCUCAUGAGGGGAUACAAAAUAUGUUGAAGGUGUUGAGAAGGAAUGAAGAUGGGGAUCCAAGUCAAGCUUUGUUCCAUGCUCUCACAGUACAUGCUAAGCACUUAAACAUUAGAAAAGUUUUAUAUAAGGGUCUGGCAAAUUGUGAAGAGCCAACAAAGCCUGAGGUGCAGCCAGGAUCUCCAAUCUCUAACUAUCCCCCAGUUCCUCGUAAUCAAGUAGACCAUAUAAAUGCAACAGUUGGAAUGCUGCUCAGCUACAAAGUUCCAGAAGACUCCUUUUAUGAUCCUGAGGAUGGUGAUACACGAGCUAUGAAACUGUCACUUUUAACUAUGGAUCACUCUCUUAUCCCUCCUGACAACUGGUUACAGUUUGACAUCAAAAAUCAGGAAUUUUAUGGUGUACCAAUGCCCUCCGAUGAGGGCUCAAAAGAAUACCAGCUUGUUUGUGAGGACCGAGGUGGUCUUCGUGCACAUGAUGGUUUGGUGGUUGUAGUUCAUCGAGCUAAAGUAGUGCCCUAUAGUGUUGAGUUCAGUAUAACAAUAAAUCCACACUAUGAGACAUUUAUUCGCAAUACACCACAAAAGCGCAAGUUUGUCGAAAAACUACGAGAACUUUUUGGUGAUCCUGAUACUUCCAAUAUUGUUAUUGGAAGAAUUUCAAAGUUUUUACAUGAAAGUCCCCUAAUUGGUGAAGUGAGCAAACACCCAAACCAAGAUUUUCCAAGCCUUAAUAUAAAGGGCUCAACUGUGAUAACAUGGUACAACAGUACACUGCCAACAACUAGGUGCCCUCAUGAUGAGAUCAGUACCUUAAGAAGAGUGUUAGUAAACGACGAUAAUCAAAUGUCUUCCCGUUUAAUCUCGGUCAUGGGACCAGAAUUCACAGUUUUGGCUGUAGGACUGUAUCCUACAGCUGUGUGUCAAGGUGAAUUGACACCACUUCAUCCUACGUAUCCUCCACCUCCACCUGUUGAUGAAGUUCCACCAAUGGGAUCUUCAGAGGAAUACUUGAUAACAUUUGUAGUGCCAGCAGUCAUUAUUUGCACUAUGCUUCUACUAGCUGGUAUUGUGGCUUGUGUUCUCUACCGUCGCCGACGCACUGGUAAAAUGAGUGUAGGUGAUGAAGAUGAGCGUCAAUCAUUUCGAAACAAAGGCAUCCCUGUAAUUUUCCAGGAUGAACUUGAAGAGCAGACUGAGCCAAUCAACAAAAGUCCAGUUAUAAUGAAGGAGGAGAAACCACCACUCCCUCCUCCUGAAUACCAGCGUCAUAAUCCUUCUCCGCCCCCAACUCAAGCUCUUUUGUCAGAUACAGAGGAUGCAGAGCCUUAUCAGCCACCACCUCCCUUCACAACUAGCCGUGACACUGCAAGGCACACUCGGCACAAAUCUACCCCCACAUACAGGAAACCACCUCCAUAUGUGCCACCCUAACAAUCAGUGUCCCCGUUCGACUCGGAAGACGAAAAUAAGCAGUUGUCUAAUAUGAUGACAAUGACUGCUCCUGCACCAAUCUAUUUUCGUUUCCCCGAGUGAAGCGUGGACCUCAGACAUAUCAAUUAGCGAGCUCUGCCGCUUACUUGUGUUCAAAAUGAGCUAAAUCUCACUUGGAAGCUCCCAAGAGACUUUUUUUCUCUCAUCUUUAGCGCAACUUUUCAAUUGUGCAAACUGGUAUUCUCUGGCCUAGGCAUGCAGAUAAGGAUUGGACUUUUAAUCCAAAGACUUAAUGUCCUUGAUCUGUUCAAGCCUCUUAGACCAAACAGACUGCAAGUAAAUGCCAUGAAUACCCAUUCCAACCCGACUGAAAAUCCAAGAUUUUUAAGAAGAUCGAGUUUGCAGAAUGUUUUAGAUGUGCAUUUUUAUCAGUAGAAUUUUCAUUUUGAAAAAUGACUGUGUGUUUGAAAUAGUGUAGUGUGUAAGAGUGCUACUGAAACAGUUGGAACCAAGCCUAUUUUUAAUUAAUGUUACUCCAAUCUUUUGUACCAAUUGGUCCCAAAUUUUUCAGUGCCUCUGAUGUGUAUGUCUUGUCAUAUAUGAAGUGAAAAUGAUUUAUUUAUUCUAUACAUUCUAAGUGAAUUGUAUGAACUUUGUUUCCAUGUCCAAGGCCAUGAAUUGUUUUGUUACCUGUAAAUGACUCUGUCAAGCUAAAUAUGUGACACAUUCUUUAAAUGUUUACAUUGUUUUGUUCUUUGUCUUAAUUUUUUUUAUUGAAGUACUGUGAUGGGUGUCUUUUAAGGACUGAAAAUUUACUUAUUCUCCACCUCAUGAUUAUGAUUUGUUUUUUCUUUUGAUUCAUGUCUUCUGAAAGGAAUAGGCAUGGGCGAGAAAAUUUUACAUUGCCCAGUUGAAGGCUUUGUUAUAUCUACACUUUGGCCUGAAGAUAUUCCAUAGACAGAGUUCAGUUUCUUCCUACAAAACAAGGGUCAAACCCCUUUCUGAAUUUCAUCAUUCAGUUUCUUACUGUGAUUCUUUUAGUCUCCACUGUAACUGUACCGAAUCCUGUUGGGGCACAUACCUUAGAAAUGGGAAAUGUUGGUUUAUACCAACUGAACAUAUCUACUGCCCAAAGUGAAACAAGACUAAUCGUCAACAUAAGCUCAAAUCAAUCACUUUUCUUGGAGCUUGCCUAUUGUUUCCAACAUAUGUGCCUGCAUAUCUAUUGUUUGAUAAUUCUGACUGUGUACUCAAGGUAUUUUUUAUUACAUAACUAUGAUAGACUAAUCAAAUUAUGUACACUUCUUUGACGUAAUUGCUUAAUUGAUAGUCGGAACAUAUAAUCAACAAGUAGAGGUUUGCUUUUAGGUAGGAAGUCUUAUGUAUAUGAAAUAUGCUGUUAAGUAGGUACUUAAUCUCAAAUUGUCAGUCAAUUCAUUUUUAUACAAUAUUCAUAGAUGAACUCCUUUCCAUCACAGAUGACAGAUUUGUAAUAAUUAUUCCCAUGGAAUUCACCAUACACAUUAUCAAUUUAUCAUUUGGUGCCUCACCAAGUUCCUCUAAAACAAUUAUGACUGAAGUCGAUAAUGUAAAAGUAUUCUUUUUGUACCGAAUAGUGUGAGCAAUGCUACCCAAUUUGCUGUAGAAUCCAUUGAUCACAAUCGUUUUUAAUAUUUUCACUGUACUGAGAGAACAAUCAAAGUGCAGUGGCCAUUA